AUGUCAAUGGAGCUUACACAGCAACAACGUCGCAUUUUUGAUAUUGCCAUCAGUGGCCAUAAUCUUUGCAUAUUGGGUCGGGCAGGAGUAGGAAAAUCUGUGCUGGUCAAUGCCAUCAAGAGAGAACUGGACAAAAGAGGACAGAAUGCCCGAAUAGUCUGUUCAAGUGGGAUUGCAUGUGAAGCUUUCGAGGGAAUGGCAAAAACUGUCCAUUCACAAUAUGGUUUACAGACAGCUGAACUUCCUGCGCACAGGCUAAUUGAACGAUGCCUUGAAAGACAAAAUGUCCUCGAAGAUCUGAAGGACUGCGAUGUAUUGAUUUGGGAUGAAAUAUCCAUGUCCAGUGAACGCCUAUUCAACCUAGUUAACGUGAUUAACCAGAAAAUUAAAAAUAAUGAUCUGGCUUUUGGCGGGGUGCAACUCAUAUUAGUUGGAGACUUUUGGCAAUUGAAACCAAUACCGAAUGUGCUUGAUGCUGGUAUCCCGAUUUAUGAGAGCAAUCUGUUUAACAAAGUGUUUCCACACCGCUAUGAAUUGACCGAAGUAUUACGACAAGGAGAAACAGAAAUUCGUUUGAAACACGCCCUCGACGAAAUACGAAUGGGAAAGUGCGAGGACGAAACCGAAGAUUAUCUUAUGUCAUUGUCCCGUGAAUGCGCUGAAACGGACAAAAAUGAACCCCCUCUUCACAUAUACUUUAAACGUUUACCUGUCCAUGUGCACAAUGCGGAAAUUUUAGCUUCCCUUGAUGGCUCUCAAAUGAUAUUCGAAAGUCUUGAUAUGGGUAAUGCUAAACUACUUGAUAAAACUAUCGACGCAGAACUCGCUCUCAAACCUGGAUGUCGAGUCAUGCUUCUAUUCAAUAUCAAUGCACAGUUAAAGAACGGUUAUUGUGGUCAGUUUGUUGGUGUUCAAACCGAAGACGAUGGAAAUGAUCGACUGUUAAUUGAUUUUCCUCGAGUUGGCGUUGUCCCAUUAGAUCGCAAAACGUGGUACAGAUACGACAGUAACGGUAAGGUACUAGGGAGUCGCACUCAAUAUCCACUAUCACUUUGCUACGCCAUAACUGUACACAAAUCCCAAAGUUUGACCAUUGAUAGGACUGUCGUAGUGCAUUGUUCCCAGGAAUUUAUCCCCGGCCAAACAUAUGUUGCAUUACCCCGUGUUAAGCGUGAAGCUACCCUCCAAGUCAUUGGAUUUCGGAAGCGUUUUUUAUUACCGUCGCCCCCUUCACUAUCUGAUAUCAUAACUUGCCCAUCAGAAAACGUGAAGCCGGCAUUUGAGUGCUGCAAAAAUCUUGCAAUUGACCAAACCUGUUGUGAGAUGGAUGACACAUCUGAGUUUUUCAGGGAAGAUGAAACCAUCGUCGAAACAGUUUGCCAAGAUCCGACCGAACAUUUUGAGUCCAAUAUUACGGACGGUAAUGAAGUAAGCCUUGAAGACGUUCUGUUAUGUGUAAUGGAUCACAACCAAAAACUGUCCUCUCCUCCAACCCAAUUUUCUGCUAAAGAGUUUAUCGAAUCUUUGAUUGAAGAUAAUGAUGGGCAAGACCAGAUGAGCAAGUCCAUCACGUGUGCAGCAUCCUAUGCACUUGAUAGUUUAGAUACGUUCCGUUUGUUAUCAGGAAUAAUUUGGUGCCGAAUAUCCGAUAUAUUUCAGAACUAUCUACCCCCCCCCCCCCUCAAAAGUUAAAUGGUCGGCCCCUAAAGAUUGUUCCAUCUGCGGCAAGCGAGCUUUAAAAAGAUUGACAAACCAUUUGGCAGACGUCCAUGAACUUUCUUCCGAAGAAAGACAACCUUAUCUUAUUCGUGCUAAGCCAACAGCUUUGGACUCAGAAAAUGUUUUAGCAGAGUUGUACAGAAUAAUUGGGAACAGUAAAAAGCAGUCAAAGUGGAAUAAAAGCGGGAUAAAGAAAAAAACCCAUCCGUCAACCAAAAUCCUCCAGGAAGAGAACAAAAUCGAAUACAAAACCUGCAAAGAACGUGGUCAAUGCAGAAAUGAAUGA